UCCGAUAGUGCCAGUUGACUUGAUUCACCUUCUCACGAUGGUCUGAGAACUUCAGUUCGUUGUCGACAUACACAUCCAGGUCCUUUUCACGUCUCGUUACUGUUGUUACGACAGAGGUACAUCAUUUUACAUUUUGUGGCGUUUUCCAGUCACUGGGGACCUUUUGCUCGUCAAUGCAUCAGUAGAGAUCAUGAGGCAAGCUCAUUGCACAACUCUCUUCAUGCUCUGGGAUGCACACCUCAGCAGGACUUUUAUCAACGUUUCGUUUUGACAAUUUGUUUCUAUUACACUCUUCUGAGAACUGUGCGUCAGCGCUGAAUCUCUCGUGAACACUGAGGUAAGGAAUUUUAUUUUAAGUCUCCUUGUCUUGAUUCAUGGUGAACUGUAUAUCUACAGUACGUUGUCUAUACUGUACAGUACACAUGCUGAACUACUGUCUAUCUAGGGUUAGGGUAGUUGAGGCGGCGGGCGGCAGGUGGCGGCGGCGUCGCUGUGUUGUCAUUGAUGCCUUCGUCAGCUGUCAGCCUCAGGCACCACCAUAUUCACCCUCAAUACUUCCUUACACUUCCCACCCUCAUGGUGAGAGAGUUGAGGGUGUGUGAGGGACACCCAGAGAGAUGAACAGCGUCCAUGGCCUGCAGGGGGGUGAUUGUGUCAACUGUGGCGUGAGCACAUCUGCCCUGCGGAGUGAAGUAUUGGUGCUAAAGCGACGUCUGUUGGACCGAGACGUAGCCAUAGUGCAACUGGAGGCACAGAUGGCACAGGACCGACCUGAUCACUACCCACAGGGUCAGGUGGCCGUCCUUAGGGCACAGUGUGAUCACUGGCAGGAUAAAUAUGACAGACUCCUGGAGGCUCAUAAACGACUGCAGAAGGUGAACCAAGGGUUGGAGGACAAACUCCUGCGUCUGGUGGACCGUACGGAGAGUGAAAAGUCCAGCUUAGCUGCUGACACUGCCAGCCUCACCACGGCCCUCACCACCGCUGCCCAGGCCAUCAACAGACUUAAACAGGAGAAUGACCGGUAUAAGAAUGACCUCAACUUGGCCAUCCAGCUUCUUCAGUGUAAUCCAUCCAAGUAUGCAUCUCAUAAAUUGGACUCUCUUCCUUCAGAUGUACAAAAAAAGGCCAAGUCUCGUCUCGCGCGGGAGCCUCGGGACAAUCCUAAACCAGAGAUGAAAGUCAUUAAAGUUCCUAUCCCGACUUUCCCACCGACUGCAAUGGUUUACUCUGUUAAUAAGUAUGCAGAGGAAGAUGAGAAGGAGGAACCAGUUGAUGCUGUUUCGGCUGCCAUUAUGGCAGCUGUGCUAGAAGAGAGGCAGCGGGAGAGAGCAAAGCGCCAUUGUUCUACUUGUUCAUGUGGUUCUCCAAAGUGUGACAUGGUUGAGAGUGACACACUUCAUCCAGAAGAUGAUAGAGAGCUGAAUGGUAAUGGAAAUAGUACUAGUAAUUACAUGUUUAAUCAAGAAGAGGAAUUAAAUAUGGAUAUCAAAUCAAGAUUUAAGGUAAAUGUUGUGGAUGUUGGAACACAGGUGCUACCUUCAUAUAUUGGAGAGACAGGAAAGGUACAGUCAACUUGUAUUUAUUGUCAAUCAUCUAAAAAUACGUCCUCUGAAAAAUUGUCUUCACUUGAGCGAGUGCCCAGUAAGGCAAUGAAUCUAUUGCAGCAUUCAAGAUCCAAAAGUCAACCAAUUAAUCAGUUGACAAUGCAAUUGGAUGAGGAUCGUACUGUUAAAAAUGCUGACCCUUCAUCCCCAGACAGUGUGCUGAAAAGUCCCGCGGGUAAGAGCUUUACAUUUGGCUCCCACUCAGGAAAUGCGUGGGACUGGGCAGCUGAAGGGCAUGAUUCAGGGACACCUUCCACCCCUUCAUCUCUAGUUAGUGCUUCCUUAAGCUAUGAGAGUGAGACAAGUAAUGUAACUUCGCCACAGGAUUCGCCUGGUAGAUUGCCUCUAGUUCCAUCAAGAUCAUUAAUAACUAAGUCAUCAACAAAGAACAGUGGCACAGAUAUGGUCAGAGUGCCUCAAGGUGUUGAUGCUUCACAGUCAUCCAGACAAAGUGGGGAGGUCUAGUAGGGACUGAAGACGUACGUGGAGAGUAGAUGCUCGGCACACUGUGAAUGCUGCUGUCUUCUGGGAAACCGGAACAUAUCAGCUUGAGGCAUCAGUGUUGGUUUGCAUAAUACGCUUGUUAUACUACUUGCCCUUUAGUUUAGCGCUCUUUGCUAUAUUACAUAAUGUGUACUUCACCUUUGAGGGUUAGUAAUUAAUUUGUAGUAUUUCUUCAUAUGUGAAAGUUUUUUUUAAUUAUCUUCCUAAUAUUCAGUAGCAGAAGUAGUAUUUUGCUUUUGUGUUUACUUCUUUUACAUAAUAAAGAACAUUCAGAUAUAUUUGUACUAACUUUACGUAUAGGGAGAUUGGUCACCUGUGGUCAAAUGGCAGUGUACACCAAGACAAUGUUGGCGAGUGUAUAAGGUGGAACACUGAUACAAUAGUGCCAGGUAUCCUCAGUGUCAGUUAAUUUAUAUUAUUAGUCUGUUUCGGUAUUUUAUGAUGUCCUACACCAUAAACAAUUUGCUAUAAUUGGGAUAACAAUAAUGGGAACCAAAUCACUUACAACCAAAUAUGAAGUUAAGAUGAGCAAGUUUUAUUAUAAAGAAAAUAAUUGUUAAUGGAAUAAAUACCAGAUACAUUUAAUACACUGUGUGAAGAAUUAUUUGAAAGGAAAGAUUUGUUUAAUCGUGUAAAUCAGUUGAUAAUAUAAUGGACGAGCUGUAGCGCAGUCAGCUGUCAAUAUACUGUACACUAGACUGUUAGUUUCUAGCUUUAGGGAAAUUUUAUGAAAAGAAAUUAAUAAAGGAUAAUGAAUAUGAAUGACCAAAGAAAUUAAAAAAAAUUAAUUAACAAUAAAACUGAAAAUUGGAAA